GUUCUAUCAUCUAGUAUUACUCUUCCUACUUACUUCGGAGCUGAACGUUGUGUCGUUACUUUUUCCUUCAUCAAUCCUCAUUUCCUGCUUGUGGUCUUUCUAUGUGCCGGUGCCAUCAAGCACCUUUCGAGCGAUCUUUGAAAUGACUACGAGGUAUGUUGUGUUGCUGCUAAAUCCGAACUGAGAUAUUAACAUAGAGAAGCAUCGUUUUCUCGAAUGAAUACCCAGAUGUUGUUGCGAAGGCUAGAAGGGAGCUAGAAGAUGGUAUUGCGAAGCACAAUCGAACUAUCAUUGACAUGAAAGUUCACCUCAAUCAACUCACCCCUAUCUCUCGUCUUCCGCCUGAACUAUUAUCGGAAAUAUUCUGGUUUCACAUGGUUUCAAUCUGCCACUCGCCUAACCACUACCUGACCUGUCAAGAUGCAUGGAUCAAGGUCACUCACGUCUGCCAUUAUUGGCGUGAGGUUGCUCUACACUCUCCCCGUCUGUGGACGCGCAUUUCUGUGUCGGGUCUGGACUCAGGGCGUGCGGGCGAAUUGAUAUCCCGUUCCAAGAAUGCUUCCCUGACAGUCCGUGCGGUAGCUUACAAUCCCGGGAAUGUGUCCGCCCUGAAGCAUGUCUUCUCGCACCUAGAGCGGAUCGAAUCACUUGAUUCCUCUCUUCCUUCAGAUCUCUAUAAGCAACUGUUUGAGGUUCCGCCCUUGUCUGCACCUCGCCUGAAGAAGGUGCUCUUUUUCAACAUGUCGUCGUUGGAUGAAGAAUUCCUCCCAUCCCUCAAGAAUUGCCAUUUUCCGUCCAUACGAGAGGUAGAGCUCGCUGCCUAUCGAAUACGAUGCUGGUCUCAUCCCCUUUUCGCUCCGACGCUCACUCGGUUGGUGAUCAAGGCGGUGGAGGCUGGCAUCCCUGACGCAAUGGCAACCGACGUCACGGAGACAGCUCGCGCCCUGGCCAGCAUGCCGCUUCUUGAAUAUCUUGAGCUUGUGGGCGUAAUUCGAGGCUUGAAUGGAACGUUCUCUGCGUUGCCGCCUCCGUCACAGAACGUUAUCCUUCCCCGCCUCAAAACGGUCCGUCUGUGCAGUUCGCUGACCAGUCCCGGCGCUGCUUACGCGUACCUCCUCGAUCACCUAUCCCUCCCAGCUGACUCGAGGAUAGCGCUUGAUUUCGCCUCUUCUGCCCUAGCAGACAUAUUUCCUCUGAUAGUAGAUCCGAUCUCCCACAAACUGACUGCAGAGGGGCGACUGGGGCAUCCAGGGGAGAUUCGGGCAUUCGCUAUUCUUACCCACCUCGAACAUUGUGCUUCAGGCUGCGUACUCAACUUUUGGACAAGUGUUGAUCCGGUGGUCAAUCCCUCUGAUAGGACGCUCCCACACCUUCAAAUUGCCUUACCAUGGAGUGCCAAUUUGUGUCAAAGUACAUGGAGGUUGUGCAGCGCCCUACCCCUAGCAAACAUCGAGGCAUUAUGGCUUGGAUGCUCUCCUGGACAGGAGCCGUCCGGGGCCACCGAGCAGAUCUGGUUCGACUUGUUUAAGCAGUUGACACAGGUAACUUCGCUCCGAAUCUCGAAUCAGGGAGCAGUAGGGUUGCCGCGACUACUCUAUACCCGGUUCACUUCGGACAGACCAAGGGACAAUGAGAAAUAUGAUUGUCCACAACUGCUCAUGAGGAAACUUCGAUCUUUGACGUUGGAAGAAGUGCGAUUCCGGGACGCGGAAGAUCGCGACGACGAGUUCUUAACAGAUCUAAAGGACACUUUGCGCUGGAGGGAGUCUGUCAGAGAACUCUCCCUUCGCCGAUGUCUCAACAUGGAUGCCCGUGAUGUCGAUGAUUUGCGGGGUAUUGUGCCAUCUGUGGUCUGGGAUGAGGUUACACGAUGGGAACAACCUCGAAACCCAUAUCGUCGAUACGCAAAUCAUUUCCUAGACGAUCUCGAUGAUAUCGAGUUGUACCCCUUUUUGAGCGACGAAGAUGGGGAAUACGACUAUGACGACGAUCCCUACCCCGGUUACCUUGCAGAGUAUUGAUACCUUCUAUCAUGUCCGAUUCUUGCUUCCAUUGUAGCGAUAAUGUUCUUAAGUAUCCCUACAUUCCGUUUCUUAUUGUAAUCGUUACAUUUUAUCAUAUGGCUACAGCUCAAAGUAAAAUAGCAUUUCAUUCAGAAGGAAGCCACGUUAAGUUGCCUCAACCGACCAUCCUUCAGUCGAAUUCUG